ACCUCCAACUGGGAAGAAGGUUUUAUCCUAGCUGGCUUCACUUUGAGUGGAGGGCCAGGCAAUCCAGGGGAACCAGACUUACUAAUAGGCUGAAGCUGCCUACCAGAAGGGAUGUGAGGAAAAGGGUUGGAGAUGGUGAACUGUGGAUACCUGCCUUGAGUGGGUGGACCGGUUGAAACGGGAAGCUCUAAGCCUGUUAGAUAUGGAGCUGAGGAAUCAAGAGGGAAGGGAGCCUGGAGACUCCCAGGCACCUCCCAGGGCUGGGGUCCCUGGGAAUGUUGAUAGGGUAGAAGAGCCAGGAGUUCCAGAAGAUGUAGCUGUGGUGAGGGCCCCUGAGGAGGCCCCAAGGAGGGUGGAGGAGCCUGAAGCCUCCCUGGAUGUGCUCCUAGUAAGUGUCCCAGAGAGGGCAAGAAGGGUGGUGAGGCCUAGAGUCUCUGGGCAUGUGGACACUGGGAAAGUCUCUGAGAUGGAAAACCCAGAGGAGAGAAGAGAAACAGUGGAGAUAUUACUGGAAGUCCGGGAGUCUGAAACUGGGGUGGAAUCUGGGUUGUCCGGAGAGAUCAGUGAGAAGGAGGUCCUUGAGGGCAGCACGCCAGAAAGGCCCAAGAAGAAACUGAAGCAGCGCCAGCAUGACCUGGAGGAGCAACUGGGCUGGAAGCAGGAUCAAAUAAGGGAUUCAGGCCAGCCUAGCCAGGACCAGGUGCAGUACUUACAGCCCUACACGGAGGAGACAGAGCAGCGCUAUCGCUCAAGGAUAGGGAAGCGCAAGAGCUUAACUGCGGGUCUGCUGGGCCGCCGCAGAAGUCAGGGCAAGUACCGCCUGGAGAGGAAGCCCAGUCUGCGGAACCGCCCUGAGUCUUCAGCUCAGGGCACCUUGCCCCUGGCUCCUGGCCCGUCUGUGGCUCCUGGCCCGUCGGUGGCUCCUGGCCCGUCGGUGGCUCCUGGCCCGUCGGUGGUUCGUUGCCCGUCCAUAACACAUCUGCGCUCUUCUCAGGCUCCCCGGGUGUCCCUAGUGCCCCGAGUGUCUCUGGAGCCCCCGGAGAUUUCGAGCACCUUGAGGAAGGAAAGCUCCAACUGGAUACUGGAGCCGGAGCUGAAAAGCAGGCGGCCGACCAUACGCUUCAGCCUCCGCCCCAGGUCAUCUCGCCGCUUCUCACAGCGGUCCGCCCCUGGCCCCUGCAUCUCGCUCAUCAGUGCUUUCAACGAGUUGGCAAAGCUAGGCGACCCCGACCUGCUGGAGAUGGUGGAGCAGGAAGGCUUAACAGCCAAAGAAAUAGACUAUGCUCUCCAACAGAAUGAGAACCUGGGCACCAAAGAGAGCAGUUUCCUCAUCCCUGAAGACAUGCAGAUACCGCCUGAGAAGCGCUUCAAUUUGUUCCUGAAGAGGCGUCUUAUGUUUCAAAAAAGUGAACAGAGCAAAGACUCAGUCUUCUUCAGAGAUGGAAUCCGGCAGAUCGACUUUGUCCUGUCCUAUGUGGAAGACAUGAAGAAAGAAAGAGAGCUGAAGGCAGAAAGAAGACGAGAGUUUGAACAGAAUCUCAGAAAAACAGGUCUUGACUUGGAAAUAGAAGACAAAUUGAACUCUGAAGAUGGGAAAACCUAUUUUGUGAAGAUUCAUGCUCCGUGGGAAGUCCUGGUCACUUAUGCUGAAGUGCUGGGAAUCAAGAUGCCUAUUAAAUUGAGUGACAUCCCACGGCCAAAGUACCCACCCCUAUCUUACAUGCUUGGGCCUGUGAAGCUUCCGUCGUAUGUGAAGUACCCUAACCCUGAGUAUUUCACUGCGCAGUUCAGCAGACACCGUCAGGAACUCUUUCUCAUUGAAGAUGAGGCCACCUUCUUUCCAUCCUCAACAAGGAACAGAAUUGUUUACUAUAUUCUGUCACGAUGCCCUUUUGGAGUAGAAGAGGGGAAGAAAAAGAUUGGGAUUGAAAGACUGCUGAACUCAAAAACUUACUUAGCUGCCUACCCGCUCCAUGAUGGCCAGUAUUGGAAGCCAUCAAAAACUACUCGCAUCAAUGAAAGGUACAUCCUUUGCAAGAACUGGGCUCGAUUUUCCUAUUUUUACAAGGAGCAACCUUUUCACUUGAUUCGGAAUUAUUAUGGAGAAAAAAUCGGUAUCUAUUUUGUAUUUCUCGGGUAUUACACAGAAAUGCUAUUAUUUGCGGCUCUGGUUGGCUUAGCCUGCUUCAUCUACGGCUUGUUAUCGAUGGAAAAUAACCGAACUAGCUCUGAAAUCUGUGACCCUAACAUCGGAGGUCAGAUGAUCAUGUGCCCACUUUGUGAUGAAGUGUGUGAUUACUGGAGACUGAACACCACAUGUUUGCAUUCAAAGUUCUCCCAUCUGUUUGAUAAUGAGUCAACUGUGUUCUUUGCGAUCUUCAUGGGGAUCUGGGUCACACUGUUUCUGAAGUUGUGGAAACAGCGACAAGCUAGGCUUGAGUACGAGUGGGAUCUGGUGGACUUUGAAGAAGAACAGCAGCAGCUCCAGCUGCGGCCUGAAUUUGAAGCUAUGUGUAAACACAAGAAGAUGAAUCCUGUGACGAAGGAGAUGGAGCCACACAUGCCUCUAUGCCAUCGCAUCCCAUGGUACUUUGUGUCAGGGACCACAGUGACCUUUGGGAUGGCUCUCCUCCUCAGCAGCAUGGUGUCCAUCAUCGUGUACCGCCUAUCAGUCUUUGCCACUUUUGCCAGCUUCAUGGAAAGCGAAGCCACCCUGCAGAGUGUGAAGAGAUUCUUCACUCCACAGCUGGCCACUGCUCUCUCUGGAUCAUGCCUGAAUUGCAUUGUCAUUUUGAUACUGAAUUUUUUUUAUGAGAAGAUAUCUGCCUGGAUUACGAAAAUGGAAAUACCUCGAACUCACCAGGAGUAUGAGAGCAGCCUCACUCUGAAGAUGUUUCUCUUCCAGUUUGUGAACUAUUACUCAGCUUGCUUCUAUGUGGCCUUCUUUAAAGGGAAGUUCGUGGGAUAUCCUGGGAGGUACACAUAUAUGUUCAAUAUAUGGAGAAGCGAAGAGUGUGGUCCUGCAGGCUGUCUGGUAGAGCUGACCACCCAACUAACCAUCAUCAUGAUUGGAAAACAGAUUUUUGGAAACAUCCAUGAAGCCUUUCAACCCUUGAUUUUUAAUUGGUGGAGACGCCGAAGAGCCCGAACCCACUCUGAGAAACUGUACAGUCGCUGGGAGCAAGAUCAUGACCUUCAGAUUUACGGACAUCACAGGCUGUUCUAUGAGUACUUGGAAACAGUUAUCCAGUUCGGAUUUGUCACACUGUUUGUGGCCUCAUUUCCUCUGGCACCCCUGUUUGCUCUCUUGAACAACAUCAUGGGGAUCCGAGUGGAUGCCUGGAAACUGACAACUCAGUACAGAAGACCUGUCGCAGCGAAAGCUCACUCCAUAGGUGUCUGGCAAGACAUACUUUAUGGAAUGGCCACUGUUUCUGUUGCAACUAAUGCCUUCAUUGUCUCAUUCACAUCUGACAUCAUCCCUCGGUUAGUUUACUUCUAUGCCUACUCAACGAAUUCCACAGAGCCCUUGAGAGGAUAUGUCAAUAACAGCCUGUCAGUGUUCCUGACAGCUGACUUUCCCAACCACACAGCGCCCAUGGAGAAGAAAGACUUCGUCACCUGCAGGUACAGAGAUUAUAGAUACCCUCCUGAUCAUGAGAAUAAAUAUAGCCAUAACAUGCAAUUCUGGCAUGUCCUUGCCGCCAAGAUGACCUUCAUCAUAGUAAUGGAACAUGUCGUGUUUCUGCUUAAAUUUUUAUUGGCCUGGAUGAUACCAGAUGUUCCCAAAGAUGUCGUGGAGAAAAUCAAACGAGAAAAGUUAAUGACUGUUAAAAUUAUUCAUGACUUUGAGCUCAACAAGUUGAAAGAAAACUUGGAUGUUGAAUAUGGUAACAUCAGGAAGAAUGUUUCAGUAAAUGAUAACAAAUCCCUGAAGGGCAAAACUUCAGUCUAAUCCACACACACAAGUGGGGAAACUCUGGGCCACUUCUGUAUCCACUGUUGCCUCUGGGUUUCGGGCUGGAUGCUGGAAGCCAUGUAGCCAUUUGUUUUUCUUUCCUUCUUUUAUUUUUAACUCAGAGUCUUUAUGCACUUUAAUAGAGACUGGCACUGUGCUAUCAGAAGAGAAUAUAGGCUGGCAUCAUCCACUGGGCAAUCCCAGGACUCUGGGGUCCUGUAAACAGUUACAGGUGGAGCCUGUGGAUUCAGAAUCUGGGAAAUCAUGGAUUGUUGCUACUUAAAGUGAAACAAUGGCCUGGGGGUGGAGAAGCAGGUGCUCUGUCACUACGCAGGACAACUGCACAUCUCCACUGUCUCCUGUUGAGUGUUUUCCGUCUCCCUUCUGACAAGAAAAAGGUUAUUUCAAAGAGAAAGCUAGAAAAGAGACCCACCAAGUCACAAAAUGUCUGUUGUUGUAAAAUGCACAAAUGAAAGCCAAAAUCAAAAUCUUGGGAAAUCUCAUUUACUAACAAACACUGGGUAAAAAUCAUAGCAUCCAUGCAUCCUUAACAGUGUCAAGUGAAAAUUAGCUUCAGUCAGAAUCCCAGAUAGCCUUUCCUGAGAAAGGUAGAAUUCCUUUUUCCAUGAGACUAAGUGAAUUUUUAUAAAAGACAGUCUGAAGGUUUUUAAAGGCAGUGUCUCUGCUCUGUUGACUGCUUUCAACACCAUGGUGGGUACAGGUCUCUAAGUGCAGGUAUUGUGUGAAGCCAGCUUGUCUCCUUAAGAGUUAAAGAAUGCAAGACAACACCUAGAGAUUAACUCAUUUGAUUAUAAAGCAAAACUUUUAAAAUUUCUCUGAAAUGCUGAUUUUUGCAUCAUGAAGCCUUUUUGAGCUCUAUCCAUUUGUAUACAUACAUUAGGCAAAAGCUGUUUACAAAAUGUGACUCUUUUUGCUCUAAAGAAACUCCAAACCUUGUACGUUUACAGUAUUUUCAUGGGCUACAUAGCCCUUCAAUGUCCAGUGCCUUCUUUCUAUGCCUUUGACCCAUGAGCAAUUGACAGUUGAUUUGACACAAUACAUUUCAGAUCUCAACUUGUCUUCUCUGUCAGUGUUGUGAGCACAGUUUAUCACUAAAACAUAAUCAACAAAGUAAGAAAGUGAUAGUUAGGUGAUAAAACGUCUAUUUGUUAAAUGAUCCAAUCCAAACUCAGGACUAUGUGGAUAUACCUCAAUUCUUGUCAUUGGUUUAGUUAAUACGAUAUCACACAUGUGUCUGUAUGUAACUUACCACUAUAGUGGGAGGCAUAGUCCAGCUAUAGUGUACUCUAAUCUUUAGACUUAAAUUAGAAUUCAACUACAAAGAAGUAUUUUUUAAUCACAUACAUACAAAAAGCUUGAUCACAAGAGUUUUAAAAGUAGCGUUCACUUACCAAUAACACUAUUUUACAGCAUAGCUGGUAUCACAGUAUUAACUAACUACUGAUAGACAUUAAGUAUCUAAAACUAGGGAUUACGGAUUUAAUAAAAAUGAGAAAAGAGCACAUCACAUUAUUGACAAUAUUGAUUUGUCAUAUUCUAGGUAGAUUUUGUGAACAUGUUUGGGUCACUUGAAAUGAUUUCAUUAUUGAAAGAUAAUUUUGUUCUGUGGAGAUGGUCAACAUAAGACAACCAGUUGUUUUAAGGAUGAUUCAAGUCACCAGUGUGGCUCUUAUAGCCUGUCAAAUCACACUGUCACUACCAUGGCUGUCACACAGAGUGUGCCUUCUUCAUGGUGCUAAUUUUUUAAAAGGAAGAUUAUAGGGUGUUUUUUUAGAAAUAUGUUGUAAUUUUGUGGCUUGAAAAUAUUAUGAAGCUAGACUGCAAGAUAAGGACAAAACUAACUUGCAAAGCUGCCCACACAUUGCAGGUUCAAAACCAAGGCAAGGACUGAAUAUCCAAAGUAAUCGUAGAAAUUAACGAAGUUGGAGUUUAUUCUACAGCAAGCACAUCUUAUGCUUAAUCUGUGACUUAACUUUCAAAUGCAUUGGCAGAUACAUUGCAUUUGCCUUGUAAUCUCCCACUGAACACUUUCUUCUGGUUUCAUGACUCUGAAAUACUAGAAUCAAUUUCUGGAAAGUCUGUUAGUCAAAAUCAGGUAUAGUUUGUCCCAGAAGAUUUAUUUCGUUUCAUCCACCACAUUAGUUGAUGUAGGAAUGCUGAGCUAGAUGCUACUGACACCAGAUGAGUACUAGGCUGGGGUGCUUCAAACCUCAGUCAAACAAGCAGUUAGUCUUCAAGUGCUAAAGCCCCAAACCACACAACUCUUUUCAAAGUCAUCGUUAUCUUCAUUUUUUCUUUUCACACAAACCCAAAAAUCCUUCACAUCACUUACUUUAGGGAUCAAGAGGAGGGGACUGUCAUUAAAUGAAUGAUCUGAAUUUGGCAGUGUUUCUAGACUCCUGUAUUUCACCACCACUACCACCACUCCACCUUUUUUUUUUUUUUUUUUUCAAGAGGAAAGACAGAGCUGUUGCCUCUGAAUCUCAUGUGGGAUACUUUGGGAUACAGUUAUGGGUAGGAAUAAACAAGUCUCUUCUCAAUACUAUGCCAGUUAGUAAGGGUGACAGAAUACCUGGAGAAAUUCCACAUUGACAAAUAUUGUGUGUCAAAAGGAAGCCUUUAUCUGCAAAGUGUUUUUGUAGGGUUGGGUACUGUGAACAGUCAUUGACUCCUCUCUCCAGUAACAAUGGUACUGGUCAUUCAACAAAGAUAACCCAUUGCUUUGGACAAACCUCUCAAAGUUAUUAUGUAAUUGAAUGAUGCUAUGAAGGGAGGCAUUGCAUUGCCAGGCUUUGUACUCUGCCACAAGGAAUCAAUAGAACUAUCGUGUUACUGUUCUUGCAAUUUGAAUAUACUUUUCUGUAUAGUAAUUAAAGUAUGUUAGUUAUAUCAG